UUUCUAUCUUAAGCUUGGGAAGUGCAAGUGCGUGUGCGCUCCAGCGACCCAGCAUCUUGGCUUCAGCAACAAUGGCUUCAACUCCGGUCGCCGACCAGGCGGGACCCGUCAAGGUGAAUGGCAACAAGUCUGAAAAGAACCAUAAACGAGACAAAUCACAUUCAAGAAAACGAUCACGGCUAGACGACGCCGAUGGAAAGGUGGAAGAUGAACCGAGGGAGCGGAAGAAGUCCAAGAAGCAUGGCGAGGCCCAGCUUAACGGCGACGAGGAGCUUCCCAAUGGCCAACAUGGGUCUGAGGAGGACAGCAAGAAAAGCCUCGAGAAGCACAAGAAGGCCAAUGGACUGACGAAUGGCGACGCUCAUCCCGCGGUCACGGAACCCAGUGUGGACGCUCCGGCCGAAGAUGGAGAAGUCGCGAAGAAGUCGAAGGACAAGAAGAAGCACCGAAAACACGAGAGAUCUGAAAAGUCACUCGAACCGAAAGCCCAGGCACAACCCUCACCUGUGGCCGAAACGGAACCGAAGAAGAAACGAAGGAAGGACAAGCACAAAGCAGCCUCUGUGGAGGUAGCUGCCAAUCCUGUCCGGCCCUCCUCUGAAGAAGCCGAGCGGGUGGACAAGGAGUCGACGAACCGAGAGAGGUCCAAGGACAAGAAAUCGAAGAAGGAGAAGAAGAAGCACCACAAGGAUGCCAAGUCUGCAGCAGAAGAGCAAGAUAGCACAUCCGAAGGAGAGGCGGGCAAGGGCAAGCGGACGAGCAAGGAACUGAGUGAGAAGAAAAGCCGGAAGCUCAGUCCCGACAUCUCUGAACCCGAUGCCAUGGAUAUCGAUACCCCCGAAACAACGACGGCCCUUGGUGCUUCGACUCUUCCGAAGGAUCACAUCUUCCCCUUCUAUACGCAAACAGUAUCCCUCUAUGUCCCCUUCUACCCCGUGGGGUUCGACAAGCCCAUCACAAACGUCACCAGCCAACACCUGGAGCCACUUCUCAACCACUAUUCCCCUCUCUUCCGUGGGGUGCUCCUCGGCUAUCACAACGUCAACCUCUCCGAGCGUCCGGUCCGUGCCGACCCAAACAAUCCGCCGACAGACCGAACUGGCGCCGUCCUGACUUCGGUUGACGAGUAUGCUGUCGGCUUUGGCUGGCUCACGGCCGACCUCGACCUCUUUGUGCCGCGUCGCGGUGCCUGGAUGGAGGGCACCGUCAACCUCCAGAGCGAGGGGCACAUCGGCGUGGUCUGCUGGGACAAGUUCAACGCCAGCAUCGAAGCGAAGCGCCUCCCCCAAGGCUGGCGCUGGGUCGACCUCGCCAACAAUAACAACAACAACAACAACAACAACAACAACAACAACGGCCACGCAAGGGCAAAGAAGAAGUCGGAUGACGGGCUCCUGUCGCCCAAGUCGGACGGCGAGGGCGAGGACGAGGAGGACAUGCUCGACGGGGCGGAACUCGAGGUGGCGCAGAUGCACACGACGGGCUACUGGGUCGACGGCGGGGGCAAGCGCGCGGGCGGCACGCUGCGGUUCCGCAUCAAGAACUUUGACGUCGGGCUGGCGGGCGACUACGGCUACCUCAGCAUCGAGGGCACGAUGCUCGGCGAGGACGGGGAGAGGGAGCUGGGGGCCGUGGAGCGCGCGGCGGAGAAGGGGCGCCGGCGGAAGCAGAAUGUCUCGGGUCUCCUGCGGCCCAUGUCGAGGCGCGUCCCCGAGUUCAGCAUGACGAGGUUUGGCAGGGAGGACCAGGAGGAGGACAGCGGGCAGCGGACCGAACUGUACAAGGGCAGCCGGCCGGGCACGCCCGAUGACUGAUCUCGGGCCGAGACGAGACACACGGUUUGAUGUGCAAGCUUUGAUGUGCAAGCAUCGUCAAGCAUGGUCAAGCUCUCUCCGUCAACCCGAACGACUAAUGAAUCGAGCUGCUCCCGCAGGCCUCGCCGAGUCAAUGUUUUACUGUCGAGGAUGGUGUACCUUACUUAGCUGGAUAUUCUGCGGGACGCGGGCCUAUCCUGCCUGCCUUGAAUGGACUUCACUUUCUGUUUCCUUGUUUCAGCACAAACAAAUAUCCUGUCAUCAUCACUGGCUACGUAUCGCUUUUGUAAAGGGUUGUACAGCCCAACCCUUUUCUUGCCAUAUAACUAGAGCUCCACUCAGUGUA